CUGCCCGGGGCGGAGCGGGGCGCGGCAGAGCCGAGCCGAGCCGGGCCGAGGCGAGGCGAGGCGAGGCGCAGACGGGCCGCGAGCCGCGCCGGAGCCGCUCCGGAGAUGUUGCAGACGCUGUACAACUGCUUCUGGUGGGACCGGCUGUGGCUGCCGGCCAACCUGACAUGGGCCGACCUGGAGGACCGCGAUGGCCGGGUCUACGCCAAGGCGGCCGACCUGUACAUCAUCCUGCCCCUCGCCUUCCUCUUCCUCCUCGUCCGGCACCUCUUUGAGAUGUACGUGGCCACCCCAUUGGCCGGACUCUUGAACGUCAAGGAGAAGGUGCGGUUGAAAGCCAGCCCCAACCCCACUCUGGAGCAGUUUUACGUCACGGCCUCCAAGCACCCCAAGCAGACGGAUGUGGAGCUGCUGGCCAAGAGCAGCGGCUGCUCGAUGCGGCAGGUGGAGCGCUGGUUCCGGCGCCGGCGCAACCAGGACCGGCCCAGCCUGCUCAAGAAGUUCCGGGAAGCCAGUUGGCGAUUCACCUUUUACCUUCUUGCUUUCAUUGCUGGCAUGGCCGUCAUAGUGGAUAAACCCUGGUUCUACGACCUGCGGGAAGUGUGGAAAGGCUACCCCAUCCAGAGCAUGCUGCCCUCCCAAUACUGGUACUACAUGAUUGAGCUGUCCUUCUACUGGUCCCUGCUCUUCAGCAUCGCCUCCGACGUUAAGCGCAAGGACUUCAAAGAGCAGGUCAUCCACCACGUGGCAACCAUCAUCCUGAUCAGCUUCUCCUGGUUUGCCAACUACAUCCGAGCGGGGACCCUGAUCAUGGCCCUGCACGACGCCUCUGACUACCUGCUGGAGUCUGCCAAGAUGUUCAACUAUGCUGGCUGGAAGAACACCUGCAACAACAUCUUCAUUGUCUUUGCCGCCGUCUUCAUCGUCACCCGCCUGAUCAUCCUGCCUUUCUGGAUCAUGCACUGCACGGUGGUGUACCCCCUGGACCUGUACCCAGCCUUCUUCGGCUACUACUUCUUCAACACCAUGAUGGCCGUGCUGCUGACACUCCAUGUCUUCUGGGCCUACCUCAUCAUCCGCAUGGCCCAGAAGUUCAUAACUGGAAAGGUGGUGGAGGACGAGCGGAGCGACCGGGAGGAGACAGACAACAGUGAGGAGGAGGAGGAGGUGACAAAGAACGGGCCAAUCUCCAACGGCCACCCUGUGCUCAACAACAACCACCGCAAGACCGACUGAGUGGCGCGGCCUGGCCCCCCACCCACCCCAGCCCUGCCCCAUCCACCCCCCAGUGCCACAGGUCCCAGGUGCCCGAGACUUCACAAGGACUCGAUUCCAGCCUGCCACGGUCUGUAGGGCAAAGACCCCCCUCCCCUCCUGGGCUAGCGGGAACAGCCGGCUCCUUACCGGCCCCCAGGUGGCCCCCCCCACCCCGUGCAGCCUGGCCGGCGGCGGGGAGGGGGCUCCUGCCCCCCCCUCUGCAUUCCUCUUCACCCAGCUGCCUUAAUGUCAACCCCGCAGGCGAGGCCUCCCCCUGGCAGCGGGGAUCAGGCCCAGGCAGAUGUUCUCAAUCCUGGUUCUUUACAUCCCUUUUUUCCACCCCUCACUCCUGAGCCUGGUGUGGGGGCUCCCCCUUGCCCCACUCAGCCGUGGGUCCCAGCACUGCGUGUCUCCCUGCAGCGGGCUCCCCUCGCCUCCCUGGGUAUGAGCUCCAGCGAGGGGCCCGUUUGAAAUUGCAGGGAAGCUGUGGAGCCGCCUGGCUCCGAGGCUGUCGGAGCAGCCAACGCCCGGCUUCUUCCGCGUGCCUGAGAUCUUAGAGUCUGGCCUGCAGCGGGGCUGGGCUUUUGGCCUCUCCUCCCACCCCCAUGCCGCGUUGCAGACCCGGGCUCUCUGCCCAGCUCCCAGGUCAGCCACGGGCUCUCCACUGGUGGCAGGAACGCCAAACCUAAGUGCCUCCCGCCAGCUGCCCCUAGCAGGAACGCCGGGAACGUGGCCUCGUUUCCCUCCUCCCUGCCGGCUCGCGGAUCCAAGUGCCUGUCGCCCUCCUGCUAUAAGCUGUGGCGGCCAGGAUAGCCGAGAACACUAGUGAAGGCAGCGGUGGGGGGAGCCGGAGCGUCCGGGCUCCCUUCCCGAUGCCUGCUUCCUUAGGAAGAGAAACCCCUUUGCCUCCCUCGUUGGCUGAGCAAAUUGGGCUCUGACCCCAUCUAUUAAAAGCCAGGCCCUCCGGCGCCCUCUUGUCCCCGCCCUGUCCCUUGCCCUGCCCUGGCUGCCAAAGGACAAACACCUUUGCAACAGACGUGUUUUUUUUCUAUUUAUUUUGAUAUAGGACUGAGUGCAGACAGGAACGAAGGGGCCAGGCAGUGGGGGGGACCAGUUCUGCCUCGCAGUGGGCAGAGGGGUUGGAGAAUGGACCAGUAACUGAACCGCAGACCAAAAUGGGUUUUGUUUUUGGUUUUUGGUUUUUUUUUUCUUUUGUUUUUUUUUUUAAAGUUUAAAUAUAUUAGAAUGGAAACUAAUAAACUUGUGUAAAGAUGGA